AUGAGGACUCUCUGGAUGGUGUCCCUUUUGGGAUUUUUAAGUUCUACAACAAAUGCGCGAAAGUCCGACAACUACGCUCGUCUUCUCCAGCACUUACACGGAGAUGGUGCCGCCGAAUUCUCCAAAUAUAGCGAAGCCAAGACUCCUCCAACUCUAUAUUCGCGAGCCAAGACUGAGGCUCCCCACCGGUUCCUGAACAAUGGGACUCAAAAGUUCGCCGUCAAUGGUACUGGUAUUCCCGAGGUAGACUUCGAUAUCGGCGAAUCGUACGCUGGUCUUUUGCCAGUUACCGACAAGAAGGAGGAUCGCGAUAACCUCUUCUUUUGGUUCUUCCCGACCGACAAUGAAGAGCACAAGAAGAAGAAGGAGAUUACCAUUUGGCUCAACGGCGGGCCUGGGUGCUCUUCCCUCCUGGGUUUGCUUCAGGAAAAUGGCCCUUUUGUCUGGCAACCCGGUACCUUGAAGCCGGUCCCCAAUCCAUGGAGCUGGCAUCAUCUCACAAACGUUGUCUGGAUCGAACAACCCGUCACCGUCGGCUUCUCCACCGGUAAUACCACCAUUCACAAUGAAGAUGAGCUAGCCAAGCAAUUCAUGGGUUUCUGGAAGAACUUUAUCGACACGUUUUGCCUGCAGGGUUACAAAGUCUACGUUGUUGGUGAGUCGUAUGGCGGAUACUACGCGCCUUACAUCGCCAGCCACUUUGUCAAUGCCAACGAUACCGACUACUACGACGUUGGCGGCUUGAUGGUAGUAGACGGCAUCAGCUUCGACGGCGACGUGCAGUCCGAAGUGGUUGUCGAGACGUUUGUGGAGCAAAACUACAACCUCAUGCCCUUUGACGACCGUUUCAUGGCCACUAUCCACAACACAUCCGAGCAUUGCGGAUACAGAGACUUCAUCAAGAAGUACUACGUAUACCCUCCCGCUGGGGAGCAGCCUUCCUUGCUGCCGUGGCAGGAGAAGCUCCCCAACGGAACCGUCACUUACAAAGAAGGAUGCGGCGGCUUGUGGGAUGCAGUAAACCGACAGGCCAAGAAAGACAACCCCUGCUUCAACAUUUACAAUAUCCUCGACCACUGCCCAGACCUAUAUGAUCCUCUCGGCGAUGACCCCUACUUCAACCGCGAGGAUGUCAAGAAGGCUAUUCACGCACCACUCCAGGUCCAAUGGUCUCAAUGUGUCAACACCGCAUUCGUCAACCGUGACGAGUCUCUGCCCCCGUCCAAGUACGAGCUGCCCAAUGUCAUCGACAAGACCAAGAACGUCAUAUACGUCCAAGGCGGAACCGACUUCAUCCUCCCCGCCAACGGUGUCUUGCUCGCCCUGCAGAAUAUGACCUGGGGCGGCAAGAUGGGCUUCCAGUCUCGUCCCACGGAUCCCUUUUACGUGCCCCGAUUCCGGACUGGCAAACAGGGUUACGGUAGUGAUCUUCCUGACAAGUCUGGUGUUGUUGGAACUUCCCACCAUGAGCGUGGCCUAAGCGUCGCAGUCACAGGUCUCUCCGGCCACGAGGGUCCCGAGUACGCAUCAACGUCUGCGUUUAGACAAUUGGAGAAGCUGCUGGGACGAGUGCACAGUCUGAGUGAUACUACGCCCUUUACGCUGCCGCAGUUGAAGAAUGCCACGCAGGAUGAGAAGCCCUUGGGUAAGGGGACGUUUCCUAUUCCGUGGGUUUAUAGUGGUUAA